UCCCCAUUACUCCUUUACCCCUCUCUACCCCGACUGCCCCUGCCCUGUACUGAGGGGCUAGCGCCACAGCCCCAAGGCUUAGAGUUCCAUACCAGCUCGCAGGGAGGGGUCAUGCAACAGAGCAGAGCAGUGGGAAGUGGAACAUCGGCAACGGAGAGGUCGAUGACAUCACCGUCAGUAGGCGUGUCAGAACAACGGAAGUACUUUCCUCGACCAAUGGGAAGUCUGAGCUGAAGGUCACGGGGAAAGGGAAGUGGGGAGAAGCCGGAAGUGCUGGUUUCAUUGUGUGUCUGACGCUGCUGCCGGCUGCCCGCACUUCAGCCCCGUUGCCACCGCUGCGCCUCGUUCGCUGCCGCCUUCCCCGCGCGCCGUGUCUGUCUCCCGCCCGCCGCCGCCGCCUUCCCCGCGCGCCGUGUCUGUCUCCCGCCCGCCGCCGCCUUCCCCGCGCGCCGUGUCUGUCUCCACCCCGCCGCCCCGCUCUCUGGAUGCGCAGAUGGAUCCGGUAGGAGUCGCCGCCGCCCCCGAGACCGGCCCGGGCCCCGCCUGGCAGAGCAAGUGUCCAUGGGGAACCCCUAAAAAUGAAGCAAUAUCAUGCUCUCUUGCUGAUGUGAUGAGUGAACAGUUGGCAAAAGAGCUGCAACUGGAAGAAGAAAAAGUUGCUUUUCCUGAGGUGGUUAUUGUUGCCGAAGGGCCAUUUAUUACAGGAGAAAACACUGACACUUCCAGUGACCUAAUGCUAGCCCAGAUGCUGCAAAUGGAGUUUGACAGGGAGUAUGAUGCACAGCUUAGACGUGAGGAAAAAAAGUUCAAUGGAGAUAGCAAAGUCUCCAUAUCCUUUGAAAAUUACCGAAAGGUGCAUCCCUAUGAGGAUAGUGACAGCUCAGAAGAUGAGGUUGACUGGCAGGAUACCCGUCAUGAUCCCUAUAGAGCAGAUAAACCCACCACUACUCCAAAAAAGGGCUUUAUAGGAAAAGGAAAAGAAAUUACCACCAAACAUGAUGAGGUUGUAUGUGGAAGAAAGAAUACUGCUCGAAUGGAAAACUUUGGACCUGAUUUCCAGGUUGGAGAUGGAAUUGGAAUGGAUUUAAAACUAUCCAAUCAAGUCUUUAAUGCCUUAAAGCAACAUGCAUACUCUGAGGAACGUCGAAGUGCUAGGCUCCAUGAGAAGAAGGAGCAUUCUACUGCUGAGAAAGCAGUGGAUCCUAAAACACGUUUACUUUUGUACAAGAUGGUCAAUGCUGGGAUACUGGAGACCAUCACUGGCUGCAUUAGCACAGGAAAAGAAUCUGUUGUUUUUCAUGCUUAUGGAGGAAAAACGGAUGAGGAUGAUAAGGCUGUACCUCCAGAAUGUGCCUUAAAAGUAUUUAAAACUACCCUUAAUGAAUUCAAGAAUCGUGACAAAUAUAUUAAGGAUGACUUCAGGUUUAAAGAUCGCUUCAGUAAACUGAAUCCACGGAAGGUUAUCCGUAUGUGGGCGGAGAAAGAAAUGCACAAUCUAACAAGAAUGCAGAAAGCAGGAAUCCCUUGUCCACAAGUGGUUAUGCUUAAGAAACACAUCUUGGUCAUGUCUUUCAUUGGCCAGGAUCAAGUUCCAGCUCCUAAACUGAAGGAAGUAAAACUCAAUAGUGAAGACAUGAAAAAGGCCUACUAUCAAAUUCUUCAUAUGAUGCAACAGUUAUAUAAAGAGUGCUCACUUGUUCAUGCUGACCUGAGUGAGUACAACAUGCUAUGGCAUGAUGGAAAGGUCUGGUUAAUUGAUGUAAGUCAAUCUGUGGAGCCAACCCACCCUCAUGGACUUGAGUUUUUGUUCAGAGACUGCAGAAAUGUUUCACAGUUCUUCCAGAAGGGAGGUGUAUCAGAAGCACUUAAUGAACGGGAGCUCUUCAAUGCUGUCUCAGGUUUAAAUAUUGCAGCUGACAAUGAAGCUGAUUUCCUAGCUGAGAUUGAAGCUUUGGAAAAAAUGAAUGAAGAUCAUGUGCAGAAACAUGGAAAGAAGUCACCAUUUUCAAGUGAUGGAGAUCCACCAAUAAUAUACAAUGAAUAGCACUGAAUGCAUAACUGCUUUAAAAGAAACAAGUUCACUGCUUCUAACCAUGUUAGUGCAGUGGUAAAUGUCACUUCCAAAGACGAGGGAAUCUGUGGUUGACUUGGAAUACCAAAAAGGAAAACACAAAGAGUGUACCCUGGUGCUUGUGUUUUUUAUAUUGGCCUGCAAGUCAGGCUCUUGGGAUUUUAGAAUGGCACUGUGAGAAUAGAAUGUCACCACAUCUAAUGUUCUGAUGAUUUAACCAACUUUUCAGUUACAUUAGAUUAUUGUAGCUGAGUUAAUCAUAUUUUGCAUGAUUUAGAGCUUAAAUGUCUUAGGUUUUUUUUAAAUUGACAAUUCCAGAUUAGUAGUGGUUACAGUGUAAACGGUAGGGAAGAGCAGUAGUCCCUAUCAUCCUUCCCUUUGCCACCCCUAAAACCUAACUGGUUUAAGAUUCUGUAUCUGUUUAUACACAAUGUAGGUGUAGCCCAUUUUUCCACAUUUAAAACAAACAAACAAAAAAGAAAAUUAAAUUACAGAUAGCCAUCACAAAAAUCUGAUUUCUUAAUAUAACCAUCUUUCACAUGUUUUAAAAUCACUUUUUUUCCCCUUCACAUAAAUGGAAUAUGGCUUAAGAUGCCUGUCUAAAUAUAUUUGCAUGCAAUAUGGUGGGGAGCAAGCCUGAACUGUCCAGAGGGAUGAGUUGGCAACAUGUCAGGGUCUCCUGCUAGCUGCGCUCAGUUUACAUAAAGUGGAGCAGAUAGCUGUAAUCUUUAUCUUUACUAUAGAAAUCCUUCAGAUUACAGGUUGAAUCAAAAUGGAUCCUUGGCAUUCAGUCUAUAUUGAAACUCUGGCUUGUACUUUGGACUCUUCUGAUUCAACUAAAAUUUAAAUUAGAAAUCUUAACAGAACCAAAGCUGAUUAUCACAAUUGAUUUAUUACACAAUGGAACUGCGGCAAGAAAUAAAGAUGAACAUGUUUUGAGGUUUUUCUCCUACUGAAAUAGAAAUUAGAACUCAAGAAAGCGCUUAUGCGUUUUUCAUUGACAUUUUGACUAAAAAGUAUCUAAUCUUUUGCUUCUUAUAUAUUUUAUAUAUAAAACUUUUUAAUCCUGUCUAGACCUCACUAGAAUUACAGUCUGUCAGAAGAUUUAUUUCUGUGAAACAAUGCAUUUAGAAGAUGAACUGAUUGAAUGGGGUGGUAUGGAUUAGAAAAUCCUGAAGAUGAAAUCAUUUUCUGUUUACUUAUUUUAUUGCCCUUUGUAAAGCUACUUGUUACCAGGCAGGAUAUAUUGUUGCUGUGUGUGACAUUCUCAAAGUGUGCUGUGAAAGUGCUCUUCCUGUUGGAAAAUGAAUGGUGAAGUAAAAACUUGAGAUCUUG